GGACAGAUCAAAUGGCAGUGAGGCGCUUGAGUUGGCGGCGCAAAACAACCAUCUCGAGAUGGCGAAGCUGCUGCUGGAGAAUGGCGUCAGAGCGGAAAGAUUGAGCCUGGGAUCCGCGCAGAAGCUGAGAGGAGGCGGCGUUGACGCCUCGCUGCUCUUGCCCUGUUUCGUGCGACAUGCAAGCCUCCCGGACGUACGGGAGUGCAUAGACGCUGAGUGUCUGGACAUCAACGCAGAGAUCCACUUGGCAAACGAGACGGUUCGUGUGAUCAGCACAUUUCGUGACUGUAUUGACUCGGUGAUCGAGCUGAUGGGGGAAGGAGCAAGAUGUGAGAACCUCGUUAUUCGGGGGGCUCGUGCGCUCCAGGAAUUUUCCAGGGACCGCCAGAACGUACACACCUCUCCCACUAACAAAGCGUUGUGCCGCAACGUGCAGGCCGCGUACAAACUUCUGGAAGAGUUUAGCAUAGGGGUCGCGCUCGAGGAGUGGUCUCAGACACUGCUGGAGCUGGAAACGGAAUUGCAGAGCAAGAACAUCCCCGACUCGGUCUGGCAGCAGGCGCAGGAGGCUAAUAAAAGUGCUUGCAGCGGACGAGGUCUGGCCCAGGUACGGCGUGCGGUUAUUCAAGCCUUCAACCGGUUUAAAAUGGAUCUUGAUGCGACUCCAUCGCCUAGUCCCUUGGUUACCUCUGGUCCUCAAGCCCUGGCACUGGUUUAUCGGGCUCUUCGGGCUGCUCUCUCGGGGCGACCGGACUUCAAUCUGUGUGCCGAUGUUCUUUCUCCCAUUGCGAGUGCGUUGCUGCAGACGCAAUCUGAAUAUGGAUGGAAUAAUCAAGCAUGUGGACCGGGCUCGGUAUCCAUGGUACUCCAGGUGCUAGAAGGUCGUGUAGAGGUGGAUGAAGCUGCUCCUAGCGUCGCUUCUCUGCAGGCUAUGCUGACGGACAUUGCGGGGUGGAAAAAAAUGCUUCAGAAAACCAUCAACACGGCGGAGUAUCACGCUCUUUUCGCGGAGGCUCAGGCGCGCCUCUUGGAAUUCUGUGACCCAGCGAAGCUUCAGGAGGUUUACGAUCGCAUCAUAGGUGGGGAUCACGCGAUUUACUGCACUAACAAGCUGCGCGGGCUGCUGUUCCAAGCGUUGACCAAAGAAUUCGGUGACGAUCUCGCGAAACUUCGCGCUGAUGCUGAAGAAGAACGUGACAACACCCAGCUGUGCGGCUUGAUACAGGACCUAGGAGACGUGGCUGAAGUUUUUACACAGGUUUGUACGGACUAUAUGGUGGAGGUGGUGGAUCCUGUUAGUCUUAGCCCUCGUUAUUCUACCGCAGAUUCCGUGGCUGUAGCUGCACACUAAAUAAUUGAAAUUUGAGUCAGCACAGUACAUCGAUGCUUGGUCCUUACCUCAUUCCAGUUGAGCCCAGUUGAUUGUGUGAGAGACUGACAUCAAUCUUUCUCUCGUGGAUAGACUACAUUUAUGCUACUGUGUUACCCAGUCCGUAUCGACUCUCCUUCACCUUCUUCGCACUUGCUGAGUUAAAAUGUUCAAUCGGGGAACGCACUCC